UACCACCACCCAAGUUCCUCAAAACUGUCUGGAAGUCAUUCUUCACGGCCUCAUGUAGUCUCCCACACCCAAGUUGUUUCCUCAGUGACCAACAACACUGAAUUCUGUUUGGCCUGGCAGUACCCAUCAUAUGCCUCAGAAUCCCAAUGACCUAAAAUACCCGAUAUAAACCUUUCUUCAUCUUGACAGCAUCCCUCACUUCCGGUGUCCACCAACAGGUUCGGGGAUUGCUGCCACCACAGUCACCAACCACUUCAAACCCGCAGCUUUGGUAGGCCGCCUCAACAAUGGAGACGCGGAUGGUCAAGGUCCUCACCUUCAGCUGCUGCCCAGCUCACACUGCACUCCCAAGCCCCUUUGCGCCUUCCAUGAGCGGUGAGCCCAUGGGAAAGAGGACCGACAUCGUCUCCUUGAUCUGUGCCUGGCCAAGUCACGUGGGUGCAUACCAGUCGCCAGGCCCUUGUCAUUGAGCCCCAUCAGACCUUGUCUGGACCCUCACCUUGGUCUUGUUUGCUCUGGGUGACACUAUCAGGCGACACAAAGCACCUCAACAAUUUAGCUUCUAGGCUCAUCAAGGACACAAAAACACCUUGACCACGAUAAGGUGCCAGCUGAAUGGUAAAUCAUCAAGAAUUUCCAGGGAUUGUCUUUUUAUAACAAGUUUAAUUAAUAAUGAUGGAAUGAUUAUUCACCUCCCCCCAAAAAUCAUAAUCAUCCCUCUUUGUAUGAUGAGUUAGCCUAGUUAUUAUUUGUAAAAUUGUGUGUCUGUCAACUUUUUUUCCCCUCCCAAAGCGUAGCAAUUGAUGUUUUCUCCGGUAGCUUUGCUCCAUUUAACAAUUUCCUGCUGGCCACUUACCUCAGCGGUGAGUGUUUUCGACGGCACACGUGUGCCUAUAAUUCGUUUCCAAGGCAACACUUGGAUGAUGGUUUUGGGUGCAAAUGUUUGACAGGCCAGCUGGGAAGGCGGCAAUCAUCCUUCUUUUCCUAGAACUCGAGCUUGGCUUGCGUCGACAGCGUGGAAAAAAAACUUGAAACGGCAGCUUGUUUGGUUUAUUUCUUUUUAUGUGUGUUCCAAAAUGCAUCUCUGGAUUUAAUGGAUGGGAUACAAAUUCAUUUUCACAAUAGGAGAAUUUUUCGGGACUCAUCCAGUGUGGAAAAACUCUCAAAUUGGAAUAAGAGGGAUGGAGAUGAAUAGACUGCCAAUUCUAUCAUAUGAUAUUUCUCAGAAUGGAGGUGAUGAUCUUCCCACGUUGAUUUAACACGAGACAUCAGUGCGGAUAAAUCCAUUACUCGUUCAUCCUGCUUUAAAGAUCUCAUGUGGGUUUUUUUGUUUGUUUUUUUAAGAAUACGCUAGUCAUGUAAUUGUGCUUUGACUUCCUGCUGUUCAAAAUGUAGUAAGUCCAUUCCACCCCCUACACCCACACCACAAGCGCAACUGAAUCUCAAGACAGGACAGUUCAAAUUUAAUAACAAGCAUACGAAAAUCUUUGGAGGGCAGCUGAGAACCAAUGAUCGGCAGGACGUCCUCAUCAUCGUACAAUGGAUAAGGUUGAUCAAAUCUUGUCCGAGCUCAGGCUGCAGAAGGAUGAGCUGCAAGAGAUCAUGAAAAGGAUGCGGCGUGAGAUGGACAGAGGCUUGCGUUUAGAGACGCACGAGGUGGCCAGCGUCAAAAUGCUGCCCACUUACGUUUGCUCCACCCCCGAGGGAUCAGUUUGCGUUUGGGCAGAGGUGGGUGACUUCCUGGCUCUGGACCUGGGGGGGACCAACUUCCGGGUGAUGCUAGUCAAGGUGGGAGCUGAUGAAGAGAGGAGCUGGAAGGUCGAGACCAAGAACCAGAUGUAUUCCAUUCCUGAAGAUGCCAUGACGGGAACUGCAGAGAUGUUGUUUGACUACAUCGCAGAGUGCAUGUCUAACUUCUUAGACCAGCACAACAUCAAGCACAAGAAACUUCCUCUGGGUUUUACUUUCUCUUUCCCGGUGCGUCACGAGGACAUCGACAAGGGAAUCCUACUCAACUGGACCAAAGGUUUCAAGGCCUCUGGGGCAGAGGGGAACAAUGUCGUGGGGUUGCUCAGAGACGCUAUCAAGAGACGAGGGGACAUUGAGAUGGACGUCGUUGCCAUGGUGAAUGACACAGUGGCCACCAUGAUUUCGUGCUACUACGAAGACCGCAGCUGUGAAGUGGGAAUGAUUGUUGGUACGGGUUGUAACGCUUGUUACAUGGAGGAGAUGAGCACGGUGGAGCUGGUGGAAGGCGAGGAGGGCCGCAUGUGUGUCAACACGGAGUGGGGGGCAUUUGGAGAUAACGGCGAGCUGGAGGAGUUCAGGCUGGAGUACGACAGGGUGGUGGACGAGACCUCCAUCAACCCUGGACAGCAGCUCUUUGAGAAGCUGAUCAGCGGCAAGUACAUGGGCGAGCUGGUGAGGCUCGUCAUGAUGAAGCUGGUCAACGAGAACCUGCUGUUCAACGGCGAGGCCUCGGAGAUGCUCAAGACGCGCGGCAGCUUCGAGACCAGACAUGUCUCGCAGGUGGAAAGUGACUCGGGUGACAGGAAGCACAUCUACAAUAUUUUGUCAUCAAUGGGUGUGCUCCCGUCCGAGCUGGACUGCGACAUCGUGGGUCUGGUCUGCGAGAGCGUCUCUACUCGCUCUGCCCACAUGUGUGCCGCCGGCCUCGCUGGCGUCAUCAACCUGAUGAGGGAACGACGUGGCCUGGAGGCACUCAACAUCACCGUGGGUGUGGAUGGCUCCGUUUACAAGAUGCACCCAUGCUUUCGUGACAGGUUCCACAAAAUAGUCAGAGAGCUGACGCCACAUUGUGAGAUUACCUUCAUCCAGUCGGAAGAAGGAAGCGGUCGAGGGGCGGCUCUCAUUUCAGCGGUGGCCUGCAAGAUGGCGGCCAGCAUGCUGGCGCGGUGAAAGGUGGACCUGGCAAGACCGUUGAAUUUGACUGUUGACAUCUCCAAAAAAAAAAAAAAAAAGUAUGCUGCAUCCAUAUUUGUCUUUUGAGAGCACAGGAAGACGGCAACUAGGAAGGUUCACGGGAUUUCCAUCAUAGUGAAAUAUCUGUUGAUAUAUCUCAAGGCACGACAGUAUACAUAUUUGCAAAACAAUACACAGUUAACUUGCUAACUCAAUCACAUCGCUAUUUUCAGGACCACCAUAUGCUCAUCAAAUGCUGCUUGUAGAAAUAAAAGUAUGGAAGCUUGACCGACAUGCAUUUCUAACGACAUAACAUCAACUUAACACAAUAUAAAUUAAGUUCAAUGGAAAAUCUCCACUUUUUCGUGUAAAACGGGCAAGUCUGAAAGGCACCGUAUCGUGAUAUUAACUCAGAUUGUCCGGUAGUAGCCACUUCUUUUUUUUUUCUUCAGAAGAAAUUAAGAUGGCAGUUCAUUUUUUUUUCUACUGAUUUAUGGACUAGUGACUGGUUGAUAUCUAAAAAUAAGCUUCGAUAUUAUUAUACAUAUGUUGAAGAAAACAAUCUGACUGAAUCAAACACGUUGCUGUCUUGUGGAGUCAUAUUCAUUUUCAGUCAAUACCGCUUUCUGGAAAAUGUAAUUGACAGUCGCUGUCUGUGGAGUAUUGGGUAAUUUCCAUUGGCAUAUAAGCAUAAUACCGGUGCAUCUCAAUAAGAAUAUUGUGCGGAAUUUUUUUUUCAGUAGUUCUGCUCAAAAAGUGAACCUCAUAUGUCGAGUCAUCAAAAAAAAAAAAAAAUCCUGUAAUAUUUCACUUUGUGUUUAUAAAGUGGAAUUUUUCAUGAUUUAAUUCUUUACAAUUUUGAUGACUGUAGUUUACAGCUAACGAAAAAGGCUUAAAUCACCAUGUUUCCAAAUUAUGAAAUUAGAGACCAUCAAAGUACAAUGUACAAAUUGGGAAGGAAACGACCUGAAAAGGAAAGCAUUUGACUUUGUACUGACUGAAUCAUGAGUUUCAUUUAUUUGAAUUGAACUACUGAAAUAAAUGAACUUUUCUACGAUAUUCCAAUUGAGUCAUUCUCAAAGCUUUUUCACCAAGUGCAACCUAAAAAAUUUUUUAAAAAACUGAGCGCUCCAAGUACCACCAUCAUGACCAACAUUAAAAUACAGUAGCAUAGUAGGUCUAAGUGUUCAUGAAAAUCAUAUUAUGAUUGUGCAUUACUUUACCAUUAUGCACAGUUGAAAACAUUAACACUGUGCCUAAAUAGAGGAAAAUUGUACAAAAAGUGAACUACAACCCGACGACCAUCAGUGGUACUACUGCCACACUUUGAGAAUCGCUGUGUAGUGCAGAAUACAGCAUGCAGUCAAUUAUAGGUUGGAGCAACAAUAGCAAUAAUGUAACAAUACAGUUUGGGCUACAGCCUUGGUAGAAAAUGGUCUACAAUGCAUCAAGAAAAUCUGUGUCAAGAUGAAAAAUAAAAGUUCCAUAAGUACA